GAGUACGUUGUGGCCGCGGUGUGAUAUCACUUUCGUUCCGCGAAUCCCUUUCUGUUUGCAAUCGGUGUACGGUGAACUCGCAAGACUUGCCGCGACUUAUCGCCCUCGCCAUGAACGAGACGCGGAUUUUGAAACUCGACCGUGUUAUGUAGAAUUAUUCGUCGGCAUUUGCUAAAUCGCAAACAUCCAGUAUGAAAUUCCAGUUACGUUUAAUCAAGUUAUGUUAUCAGUUGAACGCGCAAACCGGGACAGAGAGUUCGUUACACCUCCAAAAUUAUAUAGUAUUGCGUGUUCGUCGUCUCCAAGCGUGGCUGUCUUCGGGAUGAAGUUAAGGGGUCGAAAAUUUCGCCUCUCCUCCAACAACAACAACAACAACAAACCAAAAACAACGACAAUCGAUACUUCUAUAAAAAAGAGCCACGGUGGGACGCGUUUCCAGGAAGAACUUCACCCGUGUGACCGCGGAUUCAGUUUAACUCGGAGAAGCGGAUGUUGCGGAAAUCAUGCCCAAGGAAGUCAAGCCAACUGUGAUACUGCGCGAGGCCGUCAAUUUUCCUGGGACGACCAAAUUUCCACCAGGUGUUUACACCAGGCAUCCCCCAACGAAAUGCGACCAAACGCUGGACGGUCGGCCUAUACAUUUGCAGAAGAAACGAGCCUACGACGGGAAGGAAAUGGGUCGUCGUAACGGGGCUGACGGCGCCCAGGCCGAGUUCCUGGUACCGUCCAAGGAGCCCUCGGUCUAUCCGAAGAUCAUCAGCAGAAAGGAGUACGACUACUUUCGGGAGAAAGGUCGGAACGUCACCAAGGAGGAACGGGAGGCGAUGAUCGAUGCUGCGGAGAAGGAGAAGGACCGAUUGCUCAGGGAGAGCAUGGCCAGGAAGGAGGAGAUGCGCAGGAUGGACAUGCGGAAGGGACCCAAGGGCCAGAGGGUGAACGAGGUCGAGGCCGAGGCCAGGAAGAGGACCAUGCACCUCCUCGAAAGGGCUUUCAAUCUGAAACUCGAGCAGGAGGAAGAGAUCCAGAAGUGCAACAGGCUCAUCCUCGAGACUAAGUGUCGCGCGAUCAGAGACGCUCAGAUAUCGGAGAAGAAACUGAUCGAGAAGGAGCUCGCCGAGGAGGACGAGCGGCUUAACCGAAUGGCCGAGAACGAGAGGCGACUCGGGCUUCGCGAUGAGGAGAAAAAGGAGGAGGAGGAGAGGAGGAGGCGGAUGAGGACCGCGCAGGCAUUGAAGGAGCAGAUAGAAGAGGUCGAGAUGCAAAGGGUCAUAGAAUUCGAGAGGAAGCAGGAGGAGAGCCGGCUCAUUAACCUGAGCAACAUCGCCUGGCAGCAAGAGGAAAUGCGACAGCAGCAGAUAAAGGAAGCCGAGCACGCCAGGAUGCGAAAGGAGCUCGCCGAGGGGAACGAUCAGCUUCGCCAUUUCAAGGAUAUGGAGAGAGAGGAGAACAGGAUCAUCGACCUCAGGAUACAGGAAUCAAUGCGGAAGCAGGAAGAGAGGGCUGCUCAGAUCGCCGAGGAGACCCGAUUGGCGAAUUUGCGAAAGGAACGCGAGAAGCAGAGAGUCUCGGAGCAGGUGCAGCUGGCGCAGAAUGUUCAGGCGACGAUUGACGAGAUGAACGCCGCCCGGAUCCAAGAGGAAGUUGAGCGGGAGUGGCGGCGUAAAGAGAAAGAGGAGGCGCUGAAGAGGAUCGAGGAUCAGCGCAGGAUGAAGGAAUCGAGGGACGACCAGAUCAACAACAAACGAAUUAUGCAGGCCAUGGAAAUCGAGAGGGACAAACGCGAGUUUCAGCGCGUACUCGUCGUACAGAAGGAGGCCUUGUGUCGCGAGGCGAAAGAACGGGAACGAAAACACCACGAGGCGAUGCGUCAUAGGAGUGAAAUUUUGAAACAGGUUAAUGAGAAGGAGAGAGAGAGGAUCGCCGCGAGGCAAAAAAUGUUCGAGGAGGGACUCGCGAUCAGGACGCAAAAUGAGAUCAGAAUGCAGAAGCUGCGCGGCGCGAUGCAGAGGAAAUGUCAAGAGAUGCGAGAUAACAAGGUACCCGAGUAUUACGUGAACGAAGUUAAACGCAUGAUCGACACUAUCAAGUAAUGAUCUCAUCCUGGAAACUCACAUGUUUCUUCUCACCUCGUUUUGGUAAUCCCUGUUCAUACAAAUCGAACGUCACGCGACGGUGAAGUCGGCAGUCACGUUCCUUAUCAGCCGAUUUUAUCACGAAUUAUACAAUUUUUUUAAACUCGCAUUUAUAUACUAAUUAAUAAUCGGGGAUGCAUAUAACUAUCAUAUUUUUAUCCGCGUGUGCACGAAUGUUUGACACUAUAGCAAUUGAUCUGUACUGUAAUACUUGUGUUAUUAAUAAAUUAAUAUAUACCUAAUCAUGAGAUUGGUGGUAUAAAUUAAAAUUCA